UAUCUGAGCUUUAUCCGGGGAGUGGGCACGGAUCACAUUGUCUCUGCAGCUCAAGCUUUGUGACAGUAGGCAAUUCCAUUCUCACCGGGGGAGGGAAGGAGUUGUAAUAGUCAGAUUUUGUUUUAAAUUGGGGGGCACUUUUUCGGAGAAAUACACUUGGGGGAAGUGAAUCCUUUUGUUCCUUCGUUUGCAUUUGUUAUCGCUGAAUAGCAACUGGAGGCGUCAUUUCACGAGACCAUGGAAGAGAACGAGCAUCCAUAUACACUGAUAAAUGUUAUAGGAGGCACAAAUGGAGUAUAUGAAGACCAUGUGGAGUUUCUGGAGAAACAUUUUAAGCUCAUUACCAUGAAGGAAUUUACUGAAAACAAGCAAGAUCUUAGUCAUAAAAUCAAAGCAAUUUUUAUGUGGUUUCACAAACCAGUGGUUGACAGGGAUCUCCUGCAAAGCUUGCCUAAUUUAAAGGUGAUUGCAAACUGUGGCGUAGGCGUGGAUCACUUGGACCUAAAACUGAUCUCCAGCUUUGGCGUGAAAGUAGCAAACACCCCAUUUGCAGUUGCCAAUCCAACAGCAGACUUGGGGAUGGCUUUGAUGCUGGCUUCUGCCAGGAGGAUUGUGGAAGGUCAUCAGAUUGCAGUUUCUCCUGACACUAAAUGUUUUAUGGCUGACUGGUUAGGAGAAGAAAUUAACGGUGCAACACUGGGGAUCAUUGGAAUGGGCGCUAUUGGGUAUAAAGUGGCCCAGAGAGCCAGAGCUUUUGAAAUGAACAUUCUUUAUCAUAAUAGGAACCGGAGGAAUGAGGUUGAUGAACAGGCUGUUGGUGCUGUUUAUUGCCCAAAGUUGGAAGACUUACUCCAGCGUUCUGACUUUGUCAUACUGUCUGUGAACCUGACACCUCAAACACAAAAACUGAUUGGAAAAAAGGAGCUGGAGCUCAUGAAACCCACUGCUACUCUUAUCAACAUCUCUAGAGGUCAAGUGGUUGAUCAAGAUUCAUUGGUGAACGCGCUGAAAAAUGGAGUUAUUAAGGCCGCAGCUUUGGAUGUGACAUAUCCUGAGCCAUUGCCAAGCAAAUGUGCUGAUUUAAAGAAAAAAUCUUCAUGGAAAUUCACCAGCAUUUUUGUACAAAUUUCUCCCUAAAACCACAUUUUUAUAUUUAAAAAUGUUUGUAAUUGUUUUUUUUACAUUUCCCCCCUUUUAUGGCUGCAACUCUUCUGUUUGUUUUUAUGUGUAUUUUGUAAUUGUAUAUUUCAUUGUUGUAGUGCACCCUAAAGGGCACAUUAAAGGGCCAGUUAGAAAUGUAAUACAUUAAAAAUAUAAAUAUAAACAUCUGGAGGGUGCCAUCACCAAGGGCAAUUUAAGAUGAAGCAGCUGGACAUUUACUCCAAACCAUGGGAAUUGUUAAUUCUUCAGGUUACUAUAGAUGUGAUAUAGGGUUAUUAUCUAGUAUUAGUCAGGGUGGAUCCAUUAAAUUCAGUGAAUCUAAGUUGGAAUAUGACUUAGUUGGGUAUCACUCGUAGUGUGUUAAUGCAAACUUUACAUUGUAAUGGCUCUGAAAUGUUAACUGGUUUGCGUAGGCAAGGUGGUAUAAUUUUAAACCCCAUGGUGCACAGACAAUACUUACGCAAUCAGUUUAAUAACAGUUGCUCAUGGACCUUGGAAUUCAGAUUCCAAGGCCUCCUUUGACCUCAUAUGUGCAAAUCUCCUUAAGUCAUGGGUACGCAAACUAAGGCCCUGGGGCCGGAUCCGGCCCAAUCGCCUUCUAAAUCUUGCCUGCGGAAGGUACGGGAAUCAGCGUGUUUUUACAUGAGUAGAAUGUGUCCUUUUAUUUAAAAUGCAUCUCUGGGUUAUUUGUGGGGCAUAGGAAUUCGUUCAUAUUCCCCCCAAAAAAUAUAGUCCGAUCCCCCACAAAGUCUGAGGGACAGUGGACUGGCCCCCUGCUGAAAAAGUUUGCUGACCCCUGCCUUAAGUGAACUGUGAAAUCACAGUACCUAUGCAAAUGGCUGCCAUUGCAGCAUAAAAAUAGAUCAGUCAUUCAGACCCCUUAAGCCUUGAACAUGUUAGCAGGCAAAUUAAUGGACGCAAGCAACCUUUUUUCACUAUUUCAUUGUAUAAUGCAGAUGUGAAUCUUACUUGUAUUUUGUGUAUGCAGAAAACAAUCUGAAGGUUCCUUAUUCAGUUCCAUCUCUAUGUACACUAUCUGGAACUCCUCAAAUGAAGGAGAGGAUACAAAUGUUUACAAAUAGAUUAAAAUGUGAUGUGUGACUAGCGGACACAUAGAACAUACCUGUCAUUUAGAUACCUUUUUGCAGUGCUUUUUUCUGGGGCGACGCAUACCCCUAAAUGUUUUAUGAAUCUUUGUACUUUUGUCCAUUUACUGUAUUUAUUUCCCCCGAUUUGAACUAUAAAAUGGUGAUUUUCUUGAGUCAAAAUGACAGUAGCCCUAAACAUUUUUUAAAGAAAAAAGCACUGCCUUUGUGACCCUGAACUGAUUUUAAGACUGGGAUUUGAUUGUGCCUGUGAUGGCAUGUUUUAGUUAGUUUCCUUCCAAUUAUAGAAAGGACUGAGAGCAGUGGAUGGUUCUGUUGGCACAUGAAGGAAGGUAAUUUUCACCCUCUCUGUCCCUCAUGCUGUUCUGAAGGGUCCCGCAACCCUUUGGAGCAGAUUUUCAUGGUCAUGAGACAUUUCAGGGAGAACAAGGAAUCAAUCAGUCACAUCUUCCCCUUCUCCUGGCAGAAGCAUCCUGUGAACAGAAUUCUGUAGGAAUGCUUUUGCCAGCAACUGCCUUGUUAGGAAUCAAGCCUAAAUUAAUAAUCUGUUCAUUUUCACAGACUUUUUGUGGUAAAAAUAGUGGCAUAGUUUACUAAGAUUUUAAUUAAAUUUCUGAUUUAUUUUCUUUCUGC